UGCUAACUAGGCUUUUCCACGCACUAUAGUGAGGCUGAGCCAUCCCGUCCAGGGCCCCUCUCCUACCUGCCUGGAUGCAGGGGAGUCCCUCGCACCUUUGCUGGAAGCCCUGGGCUGGGCCCCCGUCAGGAAGCUCCCCCUGGGUUCCCAUCCCAAGCCCCCUUCCCAUGGCCUCCCCCACUCCUGCCAGAGCCCACUUGUCCCUGAGCCUUCCUCCCCACAGCCAUUCCAGGGCUGCCUCCUACUCCAGCCUAGCUCCCCUGGUGCCAGCACAGGGUCCUGCUGUGUCCCAUGACCUAGGAGGACACCAGGCAUGGGGGUGAGGGGCGAGCUCCCCCCACUGCAGUGCUGCAGGGAUCAGGGUGGCUCUGGGGUGGGCACCCAGCCUGCAGUUCUUGCUGCGGAGGUGGGUGCUGCCUGGGGCCGCAGGUACUGAGCUGCGCUGGGUGCUCGGGGCAGGCCAGCUCUUAUCCCAUCCCCUUCCCCUGUUCUGUCCUUUCGCCAGCUGGAGGAGGCUCCUGGAGGCAGCGCGGCGUGGGGAGGGCGUGGGGCGUCUGACGCCCCCGCCGGGAUCGCCAAGAGCCAUGACUUCAACUGUGCAGACGCUGCGCUUCAAGCUGCUGCCGCACGACACCGGGCAGGAGUGGGUGCACAGCUGCGAGCAGGAGAUCGAGCGCCGGUACCAGGUGGUGCCCUCUGUCGUGUGCGCCAUGUGCUGCCUCUUUGGGAUCAUCUACUGCUUCUUCGGCUACCGCUGCUUCAAGGCCGUCAUGUUCCUGACCGGGCUGAUGUUUGGCUCCAUCAUCAUCUUCAUGCUGUGCUACAAGGAGCGGGUGCUGGACACGCAGCUGAGCGUGGAGGCCUCGGUGGGCAUCGGGCUGGGCAUCGGUGUCCUGUGCGGGCUGGUCACCAUGCUGGUGCGCAGCGUCGGGCUCUUCAUGGUGGGGCUGCUGCUGGGGUUGCUGCUGGCGCUGGCCACGCUGGUGGCCAUGGAGCAGUUCUACCACCCGCCCACGGUGUGGAUCCCCAUCGGGCUGCUGCUGGGCGUGGGCAUGCUCGGCGCCGUGCUCACCCUGCAGUGGCAGAAGUUCUUCACCACCCUCUCCACGGCCGUCUUCGGCAGCGCCAUCAUGACCGUCACCGUCGACUACUUCAUCGAGCUGCUGCUGCUGGUGCAGUACGUCUACGAGCGCGUCAAGGUGGCGCCCGCGCGGCCCAUGUGCUGGUACAGCUGGGUCAUCCUGGGCGUCUGGCCUGUCCUCGCCAUGCUGGGCGUGCUGGUGCAGUGGAAAGUCACGGCCGAGGGGUACUCCCACACCGAAGUGGUUAUCAGCCGGCAGCAGCGCCGGGUGCAGCUGAUGAGGAUCAAGCAGCGGGAGGAGCGGAAGGAAAAGAAGAAGAAGCGGAGGCCCCCCCAUCCCCUUCCCCACCCACACAAGGCCCACCUGCCCGAGCCCAGCUACCGCCGCAAGCCAACCCCCGUGCGCCGCUUCGACGGGGACGUGCUCUCCCCCAGCUACAUCCAGAGCUUCCGGGAGCGGCAGACGGGGACGUCGCUGAGCAGCCUCAUCACAAGCACGCACGCCGUGGUCGACCUGGACUAUGACUGCGGCUCUACAGUGCCCUUGACCAUGGGCUCUGGGCCAGCGCUUCGGGUAUAGCCCAGACCCCCGACCCCUCCUGACACCAGCAACAGGGCCGCGCCAGGCCAGCACGGACCGACACACCAGGGCCGCGCCAGGCCAGCACGGACCGACACACCAGGGCCCCGCCAGGCCAGCACGGACCGACACACCAGGGCCCCGCCAGGCCAGCACGGACCGACACACUAGGGCCCUGCCAGGGCCAGGACAGACCGACACACCAGGGCCCUGCCAGGGCCAGGACAGACCGACACACCAGGGCCCGGUCAGGGCCAGCAUGGACCAGCCCUCCAGACACACCAGGCCAGAAGGAGUCAGAUGCCAGGGGGUGUUUGAGGGGAGGGUUGUGGCCCGUUUGGGGCAGGGAGGCCAUCCCUGGGGCUGUGUGACGGGGUAUGCGCAGGGCUCUGCCCAGUGAUCGCUAGCCGGCGAGCAAUGCAGGGAGAGGGUUAAUCCUGCUCGCUGGCACAGACACUGCAUGGCAGCGUGGGACACGUGGACUCCUGGAGCAGGGUGAGCGCCCCACCCCCACUCCCCGAGGGGGCACAGCCCAUGGCAGGGGCUGAUGAGCCAUGGCCCCAUGUGCCAAAGGGGCCCCAGAGCACCUGGUACUACCCAGCUUUCUCCCAGAGGCCCCCAGGAGCAGCUCCCUCCAUGCCUGCCCUUAGCCCCCCACUCACUCCCAAGCAGCUCUGUGAGCGGCUUCCUGAGAGCCUGUUCCCCCCAUUCUCUGCCCGCCCCAGCGUAGCUCCAUGAUGCCUGUUCCCCCCAGUCCCCGCCCCCCCAGGGUAGGUCCAUGGGGCCUGUUCCCCCCACAGCGUAGCUCCAUGGUGCCUGUUCCCCAACCCCAGCCUGUACAGCUCCCUGGGAGCUGCCCCCUAAAGGCCAGAAGAGGCCGUUCCCUUGGAGAACAGGCCAGGGUAGGUGCUGUCCCAUGCCCUCAUCAUGCGCUCACCUUGCCAGGCACUGGGCUGGGGGCUGUGGGCACCGCCCGCCCGGAGGGGCAGUGUGAGCGCAGCAGCUCUGCUCCCCAGUGCACGUGAGGGAUUGUCUCGUCCCUGGGACUGGGCCUCUCAUGCCCCAGGGCCAGCAGCUGCCAGGCCUGCCCGGGGCUGGGGCAUUUUCGGCUGUGUAUGUGGCCCUUCUCCAGCAGGCAGGUCUGCCCUUCGGCCUCAUGGCAGCUGGCACUGGGGCCAGACUGGGCACCCAGCACCGCCCCUGCCACCUGCAUCUCGCUGUCCAUUCUGCUGACAGAGAACAAGAGGCACCUGGCUGGUGUGAGGCGGGGAACGGACCAUGGGGCCUUUCCCCCUCGGGGACCCUGCCACUGACCCUGGUCAGGAUGGGACAGGCUGGCUGGGGGGCUCAGGAAUGGAAGCCGAGGCCUUUCCCCUCCAGGGCCGGGGGACUGGCUUGCUCAGGGAUAUGGGGCCUUUCACCUCUGGGACCGAAUCGGGACACGUACUGGCACUGUUUGCGGGUGACUGGAUUUCUAAUGGGGAUGGGGCGGGGGAGGGGCCUGACUGGGCUGGGCUGGGGGAUUGCAGAGCUGAGGCUGGUGCGCUGGGACGCUUGGGGCUGCAUUUUGCAGCUGCGGGGGCACAAAGAAGCGUCCCCUCCAUCCAGCUGCUCUGGAAGGACUCCCUGCCCCAGCCCAUGGGCUGUUCGUGUUGCUGUGAGUUGUAUUAAUUUAUUACUGACUAAACGGGGCCAUCAAACCUGGGAUGGACCCGGCCCUCCCCCCAGGAGGCUGCUGGAUCUGGACAGCGCUGGAGGAGGAUGGGGCCCUUUGCUGGGCGUUUUGCUAGGGGCUCCCCCAGCACACGCCUCUCCUGCCAUCGCUGCCCCAGCCGUCACUGGGCCUGCCCUCCAAUGCCCUCAGGGAGCCCAGCCGGCGGACAGGAACCGCAGCGGCUCCCGCCCCCCCAGCCCCACCAGCAGAGGGGCCCCAGCAAAUGGACUGGGACCAGGGAACUCCUGCCCCCCUUUCCUUGGGGCGGGGUCGUACCUGCGCACUCAGCCGCAGCAUGGCCGGCCCCCUCCCCAUCUAGCCAUGGGACGCUGCAUGUUUCCCUUGCCCCUGAUGCCCAGGACCCUGAACCCUGGUUUCUUCCCCCUUUUCAGUCGUUUUGUAAAUGUGCCAAACGCUGCCGGGCCACAGCCACGCAGUAAAGAGCCUUUUGGA